AUGCUGUGUCCUGUCGGCAGGAGAGCAGCCGCGUCGCGGCGGCUGCUCGCCUUCACGAGGAGGCUCUCCAGUUCCAGCGAGCCACAGAGCGUGCGAAACAUCGGCAUCAGCGCGCACAUCGACUCUGGCAAGACCACGCUCACUGAGCGAAUCUUGUAUUAUACGGGACGUAUCGGCGCCAUCCACGAGGUCCGCGGGAAGGACGGCGUGGGCGCCAAGAUGGACUUUAUGGAGCUGGAGCGUGAGAAGGGCAUCACCAUCCAGUCGGCCGCAACGCACUGCGCCUGGGGCGACCACGAUAUCAACGUGAUCGACACUCCUGGCCACGUCGACUUCACCAUCGAGGCGGCGGCCCUCCGGCCGAGCGAACCUUGCGGGCGGCGCCAACUUCCGCCGGCCGUGUGCACACUAGUGUCGCCGGCGCCCGGCCUCCUCAGGCGGUACUCUGUCCCGCGGCUCGCCUUCAUCAACAAGCUCGACCGCGAGGGCUCCGACCCAGACGCGGUGAUCGGCCAGCUGCGCGAUAAGCUGCGGCUCAACGCGGUGGCAAUGCAGAUCCCGAUCGGCGUGAGCGGCGACCACGAGGGUGUGGUCGACCUGCUGGAGCGCAGGGCCCUCCGCUUCUCCGGGCCUGGCGGGGAGGAGGUGGAGGAGGGGGAGGUUCCUGCCGGGCUGCAGGCCGCCAUGGAGGAGAAGCGCGCGGAGCUGCUCGAGAAGCUCGCAGACGCCGACGAGGAGAUAGCAGAGUUCUACCUCGCCGAGGAGGAGCCGCCGCUCGGGGUGCUGCGUGCCGCGAUCCGGCGCCAGACGAUCGCGAAUGCGAUCACGCCCGUCUUCAUGGGGAGCGCCUUCAAGAACAAGGGCGUGCAGCCGCUCCUGGACGGCGUGGUGAGCUACCUGCCGGCGCCGACCGAGGUGACCAACUGCGCGCUCGACUUGGACAAAGACGAGGAGCAGGUGGGGCUCACGGGUGUGUCGUCGGACCCGUUCGUCGGGCUCGCCUUCAAGCUCGAGGAGGGGAAGUUCGGCCAGCUGACGUACAUGCGCAUCUACCAGGGCAAGGUUGGCCGCGGCGACACGAUCCAGUCGAUGGCGGCGGACCGGCGCAAGGUUCGCAUCCCGCGGCUCGUCCGCAUGCACGCCAACGAGAUGGAGGACGUCGAGUCGGUCGGCGCGGGCGACAUCGUCGCCAUGUUCGGCGUCGACUGCGCCUCGGGCACCACCUUCACCGACGGCAAGACGAAGCUGUCGAUGACGUCGAUGUUUGUCCCCGAUCCGGUCAGCUCGCUCGCACUGGAGGACCCGACCUUCCGCGUGCACACCGACGACGAGUCGGGCCAGACCAUCAUCUCGGGCAUGGGCGAGCUCCACCUCGAGAUCUACGUGGAGCGGCUCAAGCGCGAGUACGGGGUGGAGUGCUCGACGGGCAACCCGAAGGUUGCCUUCCGCGAGACGGCGUCGACGCGCUCCAAGUUUGCCUACACGCACAAGAAGCAGAGCGGCGGCUCGGGCCAGUUUGGGCGGGUGGAGGGCUACGUGGAGCCGAUCUCCUCCGACGCGCUCGGCCAGGGCGCGUACGAGUUCGAUAACCAGCUCGUGGGCAACAUGAUCCCGCCCGAGUUCGUCACCGCGAUCGACAAGGCGCCGCUGUCAGCUGCCGGCUUCCGCGAGGCGAUGCUCAAGGGGACUCUCACGGGCUCGCCGGUGAUGGGGAUGCGGGUGGUGCUGCAGGACGGGCUUGCACACGCAGUCGACUCGAACGAGCUGGCCUUCCGCGCCGCCGCGCAGGGCGCCUUCAAGCAGGCGAUGGCGACGGCGAAGCCGGUGCUGCUGGAGCCGCUCAUGUCGACGGAGGUGGCGGUGCCGGCCGAGUUCCAGGGCACCGCGGUGGCGCUCGUCUCGCAGCGCAAGGGCACGGUCAACAGCAUGGAGGGCGCCGAGUUCGUCACAAUCGACGCGGAUGUGCCGCUCGAGAGCAUGUUUGGCUUCUCGUCCGACCUGCGAGGCGUGACGCAGGGCAAGGGGGAGUACACUAUGGAGUACAAGGCGCACGUGCCCGCGCCGCGCGACAAGACCGAGCUGAUGGUCAAGAAGUGGAAAGAGCAGCAGGCGGGCAAGUCCGAGGAGUGACCGUCUCGCGCGGCCGUCCCCAUGUAGCUCUGAGGACUAAGCCUAGGUCCAUAGCCCGGCUCUGUUGCCCAUGCUCUCUCUCUUUAACCUGACACCUCCCUCCAGCGACUCCACAGCUCUCUCACUGCUGCUCUCUCCGCGCCCACUCCCCUCUCCCGCUCUCCGUGAGAGUAGUACGCAAGAUGUACACGCGCUGCAGUCCCGAGUCCGAAACUCUCGCCGAUGUGUCUCGUUCCGGUUCGCUGCGAUAUUGGUGGGCCCCGUCUUGACACACACGCCGAUCACCUUUUGUUAUAUAUUAAUAUUAUGUUUGGACGAG